AUGGGUAUUCUGGAAAAGAUUGCGGAAAUCGAGCAUGAGAUCUCGCGAACGCAGAAGAACAAGGCGACCGAAUACCAUUUGGGUCUUCUGAAGGCCAAACUCGCCAAGUACCGUCACCAACUUCUGGAGCCGACGGGAAAAGGCGGCGCGAAAGGAGAGGGCUUCGACGUGAUGAAGUCGGGAGACGCCCGCGUCGCAAUGGUCGGCUUCCCGUCCGUCGGAAAGUCCACGUUGCUCUCCUCGAUGACGUCGACACACUCGGAGGCGGCCGGCUACGAAUUCACGACGCUCACCUGCAUUCCCGGCGUCAUCUCGUACAACGGCGCCAACAUUCAACUGCUCGAUCUGCCCGGAAUCAUCGAGGGCGCCUCGCAGGGAAAAGGACGCGGACGGCAGGUCAUUUCGGUGGCCAAGACCGCCGAUCUCAUUCUGAUGAUGCUGGACGCCGGGAAGAGCGAUCAGCAGAAGAUGCUGCUCGAGCGGGAACUCGAAGCGGUCGGCAUUCGGCUCAACAAGAAACCGCCGAACAUAUAUGUGAGGCAGAAGAAGGUGGGCGGAGUCAAGUUCACGAAUACGGUGCCGUUGACGCACUGCAACGAGAAGCUGAUCAUGACGGUGCUCCACGAGUACAAGAUCUUCAACGCCGACGUCAUUUUCCGCGAAGACUGCACGUAGGCUCACUGUCUCCCUCUGUUUAGCACGAGAAUCCCUUGCAGAGUGGACGAAUUCAUCGACAUCAUCCAGGGAAAUCGGGUGUACAUGACGUGCCUGUACGUCUACAAUAAAGUCGAUCAGAUCUCGAUCGAGGAGAUUGAUCGGUUAGCGAGACUGGAGCAUCACGUCGUCAUUUCGUGCGAGAUGAAUCUCAACAUGGAUUAUUUGUUGGAAAAGAUUUGGGAAUAUCUGGCACUCGUCCGAGUUUACACUAAAAAACCCGGAAAUGCACCGGAUUUGGGUACGGUUUCACAAAGAUUUCCCGUAGAAAUCGGACAUUUGCAGGUCCGGAAGACGGCAUCAUCCUCCGUGGCGGCGCCACAAUCGAGCACUGCUGCCACGCCCUUCAUCGUUCGAUCGCCGCGCAGCUCCGGUACGCGAUCGUCUGGGGCACUUCGACCAAGUUCUCGCCCCAACGCGUCGGCCUCCAUCACAAACUCGACCACGAGGACGUCAUUCAAAUCGUGAAAAAGUGA